CUGCAGCCAUGAGGUCCCUGGUCUUUGUUCUGCUCAUUGGAGCUGUUUUUGCCACAGAGGAUGACAAGAUUGUCGGUGGGUAUGAGUGCACGCCCUACUCCCAGCCCCAUCAGGUGUCUCUGAAUGCUGGAUACCACUUCUGCGGUGGCUCACUGGUCAACGAGAACUGGGUUGUGUCCGCUGGUCACUGCUACAAGUCUCGUAUUGAGGUGCGUAUGGGAGAACACCACAUUGGACUCACUGAGGGUAGCGAGCAGUACAUUAGUGCUUCCAAUAUCAUCAGACACCCAUAUUACAAUGCCUACACCCUUGAGAACGACAUCAUGCUGCUCAAGCUGAGCAUGCCCGCCACCCUCAACCAGUAUGUGCAGCCCGUGUCUCUGCCCAGCAGCUGUGCCCCUGCUGGCACUAUGUGCAAAGUCUCUGGCUGGGGCAACACCAUGAGCUCCACUGCUGACAGCAACAAGCUGCAGUGUCUGAACAUCCCCAUACUCUCUGAUGAGGACUGUCACAAUUCCUACCCCGGCAUGAUUGACAACACCAUGUUCUGUGCUGGAUACCUGGAGGGAGGCAAAGACUCCUGCCAGGGUGACUCUGGUGGCCCCGUUGUGUGCAAUGGUGAGCUGCAGGGUGUUGUGUCCUGGGGCUACGGAUGUGCUGAGAGAGACCACCCUGGUGUCUACGCCAAGGUCUGUGUGCAGACUGAUUGGCUGUACAGCACAAUGAUCACACCAGCAACCAUGAGGUCUCUGGUCUUCGUUCUGCUCAUCGGAGCUGCUUUUGCCACGGAGGACGACAAGAUCGUCGGAGGGGUUGAGUGCACACCCUACUCCCAGCCCCAUCAGGUGUCACUGAACUCUGGAUACCACUUCUGUGGUGGCUCCCUGGUCAACGAGAACUGGGUUGUGUCUGCUGCUCACUGUUACAAGUCCCGUGUGGAGGUGCGUCUUGGAGAGCACAACAUGCAGGGGUCCACGAGAACACGCGGCAACGUUCAUCCAAGCUCCUCCGUUUCCAUCCGCCACCCAGACCUACCAGCCCUACAAACCAUCGCAAUGCAUCCCAUAGCUGAUCAAGCUGGCCAAGCCCGCCACCCUCAACCAGUACGUGCAGCCGUGGCUCUGCCCACGCAGCUGUGCUCCCGCUGGCACCGCGAAUGUGCACAGUCUCUGGUUGGGGCGAACACCAUGGAGCUCCAGUUCGACGUCCUGGCAAUCUUCAACACACUGGCUCGGAAGCAACCCCCACCACCCACCAGUGGGCCAGCUAUCUACCUGUGCUCCCGCUGGCACCAUGUGCACAGUCUCUGGAUGGGGCAACACCAUGAGCUCCACUGCUUCACAAGAACUCAAGCUGCAGUGCCUGACAUCCCCAUCCCCUGUCACUUCACAGGAUUAUCUGUAAACUCCUACCGCUGGCAUGAGUCACUUGAUGCCUAUGUUCCCUCGCCUGCGAUACCUGGAGGGAGGGUGACUGGUGGCUCCGUUGUGUGCAACGGUGAGCUGCAGGGUGUUGUGUCCUGGGGCUAUGGAUGUGCUGAGAGGGACCACCCUGGUGUCUACGCCAAGGUAUCCAGCGCACACCAUGCGGUCAGUAAUCAUGCCAGGGUAGGAAUUUUCACAGUCCUUGUUAGACAGAAUGGGGACCUCCACACACUGAAGAAAGAGGAAAGAGAGGAGGGGGGGGAGGGCGAACGGCUGAGCACAGUGGGCCUGGCUGGAUAUAAAUAUAAGCUAGGGUGUGUCCAGGUGUCUUCUGAUCAUUCACCUGACACCAUGAGUCUGCUGGCUUUGCUGCUGAUGGUUGGAGCUGCUGCGGCAGUUCCACGCGAAGAUGGCAGGAUCAUUGGCGGGCAGGACUGUGAGCCUCACUCUCGUCCAUUUAUGGCCUCCCUCAACUAUGGUUACCACUUUUGCGGUGGGGUUCUCAUCAACACACAGUGGGUGCUCUCCGUUGCCCACUGUUGGUACAGUCCCUAUGCCAUGCAGAUCAUGCUGGGAGAACACGAUGUGCGAGUGUUUGAGGGUACUGAGCAGCUCAUGAAGACCGAUACAAUCAUCUGGCACCCUAGUUAUGACUACCAGACUCUGGAUUAUGACAUCAUGCUGAUCAAGCUCUUCCACCCAGUAGAGGUGACUGCAGCAGUCGCACCCAUCCCGUUGCCCAAAGGGUGCCCAGUAGGAGGGCUCCCCUGCUCUGUGUCUGGCUGGGGUAACACCGCCAUGGAUGGGGUGAAUCUGCCCACCCGUCUGCAGUGUUUGGACGUGCCCAUCGUGGAUGACCAGGCCUGUGAGAACGCCUAUCCUGGCAUGAUCACACGCAGAAUGAUGUGUGCUGGAUACAUGGAUGGAGGCAGAGAUGCAUGCAAUGGUGACUCCGGCAGCCCUCUGGUGUGUCUUGGAGAGGUCUACGGCCUGGUGUCAUGGGGUCAGGGAUGCGCCGUGCCUAACUACCCUGGAGUCUAUGUCAAAGUGUGCGAGUUCCUUUACUGGAUUGAAGACACCAUGGCAGCCUAUCCUUGAAGAAAUUACUAAUUUUCACUUUUAUUUUUCUUCACUCCUCCCACUUGUUCCCCUCUAUUCUCUGCAAUACAUGACCAUAAAUUCCUAAUUUCUUUUCUAUCUAUUGUUCUUUCUCGGGUGCCUUGUCUCCUUUAAAGUUUCCCCCCUUAUAUAUCCAGACUCAACACACUUCUGCCAGAAUGUAGAAGACAAAAUAAAACCACUUGGUAUAUAUUCA